AUGGUCCGAUUCAUUACAGACCCCAGAAGCGCCCCAACCCCAACUCAAACCCCCCAAAUAACCCUAAAAGUAAUAGGCGCAGGCCUCCCCCGAACAGCAACAUCCUCCCUGCAAGCAGCCCUCGAAACAUUAGGCUACACACCAUGCCUACACAUGGCCCAGAUAAUACCCCACGCCGACCGCCAACAGCUCCUCAUCACAGCAACCCACGAAAAAGACCCCUCCAAACGACAAAAGCUGCUCUACACCCUAACAGCCGGCUACGCAGCCGUCUGCGACAUGCCGGCUAUAUUCUUCCUCCCCGAUCUAAUGGAUAUGUACCCAGACGCACAGGUAAUCCUGACAACGCGCCCCAGCGCGCAGAUCUGGGCGCAGAGCUGUUAUGCUAGUCUUGGGUUCUUCUUCACGGGGACGUUCCGGGCCGUGGGGUUGCUCUGGAGGACGGAUCGGUUGUGGUAUUCUCUUAAUAUGCGCAUUGUGGAGUGGUGCUUGGAUCGGUUUGGGACUGGGGAUCUGUUUACGGCUGGGGUUUAUGAGAUGUAUAAUGAGUCUGUGAGGGAUGUUGUUAGGGGGAGGGGGGGCGAAGUGUUGGAGUUCACGGCUGAGCAUGGGUGGGGGCCGCUUUGUACGUUUUUGGGUGUGGGUGUUCCUGGGGGGGCGUUUCCUAAGGUUAAUGAGAGGAAGACUUUUCAGGUUAUUAAAGGUAUUUUGGUAGUUAAGGGGUUGGUUAGUUGGGUGGUGCUUGGGGGCUUGGGUUGGGUUGCGUGGUGGUUUGUUUUGGGGUUAAUGGCAUGA